AUGACCCACACCCCGUACCUCACAGCACUGAUGCUGGUGGCCAUCACCAUCAUCGGGAAUGCCUGCGUGAGUGCUGGAUCUCAGCCGGCACGCACAGGCCACUUCUUCGCGGACACCUUUCUGAGCACCAUCAACGUGGAGUGCAGCCGUUGGGUGAGCGACACCGCAUGUCUCGACUUCAUGCUGGCGUUCCAGUGGCCUCUGAGCAUUUUCCAGGUGCAGGGAGAGGUCACCUUCUUGACCAAGCCGAGCCUGCACUUGGCUGAAGGCGUAUCCAGCUACGUGCUCUUCAACGUGAACAACACGGGCAACUGGAGUGUCAACAUUGCCUACCGUCCGCCCAACAAGCCCGGCUUCUCUCUGGUGAUCUCGCAUGACGAAGAGAAGGGCGAGGAGGGAACUGCGAUCGUGGAGAAGUCUGAGACCCUCUCGAUGUCUCUGAGCCUGGAAGCGGAGCCGCUUCCCUGCCCUGGGUCUCCUCUCGGUUCAGAGUGCACCAUGAUGUACUUCCCCAUUGUGCUCCGCUACACUGGGAUGAAUGAUACUUUCUCAAAAGAGGAGGCGGAGCGAAUUCUGUCUGGGCGGCCUUGCGGCACCUUCCUGGUGCGGUACACCUCGACCAAGUCCCAACUUGCCGUGUCCGUCGUGGUCGGUUCCGCACCACCGGCCGGCAGCCAAGUGCUCCACCGACGGGUGCGGAUCGAGCCCAGGGCCGAGCCCACCUACGAGGGGUUCGGGUGCUGGCUCGAAGAAGGAGGCGAUGAAGAGGCCAACGACGACGACGACCACGACGAGCAGGUGGUGGUCGAUGAUGAGCUCGCGGGUGCGCCAGCCACCGAGCAGGAGGACGGGCCGUACUUCUUCGUCGAGUUCCCCGACGUCAGGCGGGCCUCGCUCUACGACCUCCUGAGCGUGUGGCCCACAGAGUACAUCGAGCCGCUGCCCUACGUCGAGGACAGAGGCGAGAUGGCCGCACUGAGGGACUCCGAGCCGAUGCCGCAGGUCGCCAGCCCGCUGCUGUCGUUGGCCGACGAACUGUUGCUGGCCAUCUUCCAGAACCUCCCUGCGGCCGCGCUGUGCAGCCUUGUCCAGUCGUGCAGGAGGGCGUGCGUGGUGGCCAACGAGGCCGAGUUGUGGCGCACGCUCUAUGUCCGAGAUUUUGGGGCCUGGGUGCCCCCGGUUCACCUGGCCGAGGGCGGAGAUCUGACCUGGAAGCAGAGAUAUCGGCUCGAGCAUGACUUGUUCUACCAGAUGGACGCGAGCGCGUUUGUGUUCAGCUUUCCCAAUGAUGAAUUCCAAGCUUCGAUGAUGGGCGGCUGCUUCGUCCAAUACAGCAACACGUCAGCCGGGGAACUCGGACCCAUUCAUCGAUUUGGCGGGUCCGGCGCGACGAUCAUCUACCCUCAGCUCUCCUCAUUCCUCCGCGAGUACCGCCAACCAGUCUCUCCAACUCGCAGCACUCCGAGCCUGUGUGAGCUUCGCGAUGCGAUGCUGGGCAAGAGGCACAAGCUCACCCUGAGACACCCCGAGCCCAUGCCCCUGCAGUUUGCGCUGCUCAACCGCCUUCUCGCUUCCCCCGAGGGAGCCCCGCGCCUCGAGGAGCUGGUCAUCCGACGCUACGACACGGACCACUACCUCACGUUUCUCGCCGAUCAGCUGACGCGGAAGCUGCUCAACGCGGCCCUGUCCCACAUUGCCGCCACCAACCGCCACCUGCGUGUUCUUGACAUCGAAUGCAACCUGCGCGUUGAGGCUGUCGACGUUCUUGUGCAGAUCAUCGAUGCGUCACGAGAUGGCGUGCCGACCAAGCGCCAGAGCCCGUGGGCACUCAUCAAGGCUCUGCCGCGCAGCCGGACGCUCGAGGAUCUGCGCAUUGUUUUGGCCCCGCGUACCCUACUGAAUGCCCCGAGCGACCUGUUCAACUCGUGCUCGCCGCGACUGCGCCAGGUGAGCAUCGAGGGCGUGGCGGACCCGCAGAAGCGCGCUGUCGUGGAGGCGGCCAUGUCCGGCUUUCGAUCGGAGCGCAACUCGCUCUUCAGCUUCUCUGUUAUCGCACCAACGGACAGCGAGCAACAGCUGCAUUGA